AUGACUUCGAUAUCCACUUCAGUAGGAGAUAUCACCCGCGAAGUGCCAAGUUCACAAAGACGGCGGAUCGGAGACGACAGCGGAGAGAGCGGUGGCAACGCACUGGAAGAAGGCACCGAACUAAAGUCACUGGUUCAUGCCCUCCAGGCUGUGGAGGCUCACAGCCCUCAGUGCGCCGGCAGGCCAAGGCAGCGCCAGACCACGGCCAACUUGACGAAGCAAGCGAGCCCGAAGAUCAAGCGGCAUCUUGGACGGGUCAGGGGCUCAUUGGACCGGCGCGAGGAGGAGGAGGAGGAGGAGGCAAGGUAG